UGCCCCUUCAACAACCUUUGGCCUCAUCAGAAGGACACCUGUGUUCGUCAAAAUGAACACUUUUCAAAGGACAUCAAUUUUGAUCAAACUGUCCAAAACAAAGCUGCAGCCUUCAUCUUCACAUGGAAGCCUGUCAAACUGUUUUAGUGUCAAUAACUCUUAUUCACUUGUUGCUAAAUUUCAUUCAAAUAGCAAACACCUUUAUUCACAAGUUGCAAAACAUUACAAAAUGAAGCCUUAUCCAGUUUUAGAUGCAGAAGUAGAUGUGAAUCAACCUAGUUAUUCCAAAAACAUAGCUGCCUCUAAAGAAAGAGAGAAUUUGUUGUUAGAAAUGUUGCAAAAAGCUCAAAUGGGUGGUGGACAGAAAGCCAUAGAGAGGCACACUAAACGAAAUAAGAAACUGCUUGUUCAAGAUAGAUUAAAGUUAUUGUUAGACAAUGAACAGGAAUUUCUUGAACUGUCCCCAGUUGCAGGUUUAGGAAUGCAGUAUGGGGAUGUUCCAAAAGCAGGAGUGGUUACAGGUAUAGGCAGGGUGAUGGGCAGGUACUGCAUGAUAGUGGCCAAUGAUGCUACAGUGAAAGGAGGCUCAGUGUAUCCUGUAACACUGAAGAAGCAGCUGAGGGCACAAGAAAUAGCUCACCAGAACAGACUGCCAUGCAUCUAUGUUGUUGAUUCAGGGGGAGCCUUUCUCCCACUACAGGCAGAGAUAUUUAAUCCAGGUGGGCAGACAUUCUACAACGAGGCUGUAUUAUCUUCCAUGAAGAUCCAUCAGGUUGCUAUAGUCUGUGGCAGCUGUACUGCAGGAGGAGCGUACGUCCCGACCAUGGCUGAUGAGGCAGUGAUAGUGCACAAGAUGGGCACCAUAUUCCUUGGUGGUCCACCCUUAGUGCAGGCAGCCACAGGGGAGAUAAUCACAGCAGAGGACCUUGGGGGCGCCACUCUGCAUUGCAAAGUGAGCGGGUGCACAGAUCACUUUGCCGCAGAUGAAGAUGAAGCAUUUUCAAUGGGAAGAGAUAUAAUUGCCAGCCUUAAUGUGGAUUGUGCAUCUGGUGUGACGAGGGAGCCGGAACAGCCACUGUACGACUCUAGUCAGUUACCAGGAUUAGUGGCAGCAGGCAACAAGUCUAUUGACAUGCACAAGAUUAUUGGUAGAGUAGUCGAUGGUAGCAGAUUCCGAGAGUUUAAGAAGAUGUACGGAGAAACAUUGAUAACAGGCUUUGGAUUCAUUGAGGGGCAUCUCACUGGCAUCAUUGCCAACCAAGGGAGGUUAUCAACUGAAGCAGCAGUAAAAGGUUGCCACUUCGUCCAGCUGUGCGCAGAGAGACAUGUGCCUAUAGUCUUCUUACAGAACACGGACCCAGAGGAGCUGCCUCACAGUGAUGGUGUGGCUAUCAGUGAGCAGCUCAAGGCACAGGGCAAGAUGUUCUCAGCUGUCAGCUGUGCUUCAGUUCCCAAGAUUACAGUCAUUGUUGGCAACGGCAUUGGACCAACUCACUACAUUAUGGGUGGUCGAGCAGUGAGUCCAAACUUUCUCUUCACCUGGCCAAAUGCUGUGACAGGCAUAAUGGAGCCCAAGACUCUGGCCAGUAACCUUGCUCAGGAAAAGGCAGCUGCAACAGAAGAAAUAGACGAUGUAGAAAAACUUUCAGAUGACUUGCGUGAAGUGUUCACAGGACGCAUGUCUGCCCUGUUCACAUCAACCAGAGUAUUAGAUGAUGGAGUCAUACUGCCUCAGGAUACCAGGAAAGUUGUCAGUCAGUGUCUGGGUAUUGUGUCGGCCUACCUGCCCCGACAGGACACCAAGUACCCUGUUUUACGGAUGUGAUACUACUUAUGUUGCAGUAUGUCACCACAUACCUCAUGUGAACAUGGUUUUAUCUAGAUUUGCUAAUAUCAAGCCCAAGUCUGCAGCAGGUGGCAGUCAGAAUGCCCAAAUCUGAAUUAAAAAUUGCCCAUUUCUGCACUAAGUGCACCUAUACAAGGGUAAAUAAUUUACAUCAUUACUGGAUCCGUGAAGAUCUGGGUUACAAGCAACCCAUGCUGCUGUAAGAGGCGACUAACAGGAUCAGAUGGUCAGGUUCGUGAACUUGGCUGACACAUGUAAUAAUAAUAAU